AUGCGAAACUCAAUGUUUUACAAUUUUGUAAACAUUAAAAAUGAUAAAGAGAGCUCAGCACCCUUAAUCAAACUUUUCUGUGAUAUGUACCAACCGGUACAUAAAAAUUUUGUAUUUAACAAAGUAUCAUUUUCAUUUUGUGCCGAAGAAGUGGCAAAAGUCAUUGCCAUUAAAAAUACCGGUGUUGAUUUCAACGCCCCUGCUGCGAAGGAAUUACCUAAAUUUGUUUAUGAUCUGAUGACAAAAUUUAAUAUAGAGCUAUUUUUCAUAAGUUCCCCGGACUACAGGAGACCCCGUAAAUCGUCUUGGAAAAUGGUGGAAGAUUUAGAUGCAUUUGAAAAAGUUAAUUGGGCAAAAGCAAUUUGUGAUAACCUUUAUCUAUCUUUUGGUAAACUUAAGGAUGCCAUGAAUCAAUCACAUAAACAAACUUCAUUUAACGGGUGUGCUCCAGUUUUUGAGGCGACCGUAUUUGAUAGAAUCCCUUCCUUGCGGCCAAAAGAGAUCUUUGAAACCCUCACAGCUGAUGUGCCUCCACCCGAUGAUGUGCCGUCUCCACUUGCUGCUGCUGUUGUGCCGUCUCCACUUGCUGCUGAUGUGCCAUCUCCACUUGCUGCUGCUGAUGUGCCUCUGCCUCCACCUCCUAGAAAGUCCAUGAGGAUUAAUAAGCAUCCUCCGCCUCCACCUGCCGCUGAUGUGCCUCCACCCGAUGAUGUGCCGUCUCCACUUGCUGCUGCUGAUGUGCCGCCUCCACCUGCUGCUGAGGUGCCUCCGCCUCCACCUCCUAGAAAGUCUAUGAGGAUUAAUAAGCAUUCUGUGCCUCCCGCUCCAUCUAGAAGGUAUCCUGCAAGGAAAAAAGAUCAUGUUCAGUAUACCAAAUAA